UUUCCCCCCCGAUCCGAAAUAAACUCUCUCCGAAAAGCCCCAAGCACAGCAGAGACGAGCUAGACAGCAGUCUGCAGACAGACGAGCACGCUGACACGAACUCGAGCCCGCACAGCUCCUCCAAGGCUCGCAGCUACUGCCGCCCUCGCUCCCUCCGCCACCUGCGCUGCGGCGCCACCCGCCCCGGUCUCCCCGCGCCGCGGUGGGAGUUAAUGCGCCCGUGAGCGGGCUGCGGCGAGCGAGUCCCAGGAGAUCGGCGGCGGGUUAAUAAAGGCGGCGCGAGGGGAGGUGAGGGGAAGGGAGCCAGAAAGGGGGAGGAGGAGGCUUGGGUGAGGUGAUGGGGGGCGCCAAGGCCGGCGGUGCUGACGACUGGUGCUACCAGUUUGGAAAUAAGAAUACAUUUGACUUGAAAGCUCCCAAAAAGUCACCCCUGGUGUUGAGAAUGGUUGUUCUUGCUAUGACUAUGUUAUGCGGGAUAUUUAUUUGCUCAAUGUGUAUGAAGCAACUAGGGAGUGACAGCUGGUCAAGAAUCGUGAAGAUUGAAGUUGCAGAACAACCAUGUAACAAGUCUAUAGUUCCUCCUUCCGAGGUUCAGUUUGUUCAUUAUCCGCAACCAAUCACUUACAGCAGGGCUGAAUGCAUGUGUAACCCUGUUCAGUUCUUCGCAAUUAUCUCGUCACAGCGAUCUGGAAGUGGCUGGUUUGAAACCCUUCUUAACAGCCACAUUAAUCUUAGCUCCAAUGGAGAAAUUUUCUCUACAAAGGAAAGGAGAAGUAACAUUUCAUCUAUAAUAAAGACCUUGGAUAAAGUCUAUAAUUUGGAUUGGAAUAGUAGUGCCUCCAAGAAUGAGUGCACUGCUGCUGUUGGCUUUAAGUGGAUGCUUAAUCAGGGCCUUGUGGCAAAUCAUGCAGACAUAGUUGACUACUUCAAUCAAAGAGGGGUAUCUGCAAUAUUUCUCUUCAGGAGGAAUCUCCUCCGUCAGUUGGUGUCACAGUUAGCGAAUAAUCACGAUAGAUACCUGAAGCAAUUAAAUGGAACACAUAAGGCUCAUGUUCACACAAGAGAUGAGGCCAAUAUACUUGCAAAAUAUAAGCCCAGGCUCAACACCACAUCACUAAUUUGGAGACUGAAACAAGCAGAUGAAUAUACUCGUGAGGCCCUUCAAAACCUAAAGAGUAUCCGGCACAUUACUAUCCAUUACGAGGAUCUCAUUAGCAACAGAACAAAGCUUAUUGAUGUCCUGGAUUUCCUCAAAGUGCCAAGGCGGAAAUUAGUAAGCCGGCAUGUGAAGAUACAUACGAAGUCAUUGUCGGAGCAAAUUGAAAACUGGGAUGAGGUCUACAGUGCUCUCAAUGGUACCCAGUACGAGAGCUUCUUGAAUGCUGACUACAGGAUAUGAGUAUAUGACACAUGUCACGUUUCUUGUGUAGAUAUAGGCCCUCUGUGUGAUUCUUUUGUUCUUGUUUCUGAAUAGCUAACCUUGACGUGCCUGGCAAAAAUUUUGAUUCGGGGAAGGCACGUUACCACGGAUGCAUUGGUGUUCUUUGAUAGGCCCACUAUUGUUAUACCUGUUUGUCUGAUGUUUUGUUAGCUGAUUGACGAGCUUCUAAUAUCUGGUAAUCCACAUGUAACGCACAGUUCACCGUGUGGUGUUUCUGGUUGCUGUAUCACAUGUGGUUGUGUGCUGUCGUCGGUGGUUACAUCGUUCAGAAAUGAACGCUGUGCAUUAGAACCAAGACAUUUUAUUUUUGUUGCAGAUGCUGAUUCAGCACAGAACAAGAAUUUUUGCCUUC